UCUCGAUACACUUGUAGAAAGAAUCCAGAUUCUUGAUCAGUCGUGAGAGAAUCUGAUCCUCUUAUCUUCACCACACGCAAGAGCCAUUCCUAAAUCCAACCCCAAGUAACACACUACACACUAGGUUGAACAUGGCUGCGAUAAUGGGAGCUUCCUCCACUUUAGCAAUCUUUGCUUCUCACUCAUCAAUAACUCCCUCUCUCUCUCUCCACCCAUCUCCACGGCUGAGCUCAGGGAGAAAAUUCUAUGGAGGAGUUACAGUCCCCUUGAACAAAGGGAGCUCUCAUUUCCAUUUCUCAAUUUCCAAUGUUGCCACUUCUCCUGCUCAGCAAGAGGUUCAGAAGCUUGCUUCUUCGAGGGAGAAUCAGAGGCCUGUUUAUCCAUUUGCAGCUAUAGUUGGGCAGGAUGAGAUGAAACUGUGCCUUUUGCUGAAUGUGAUUGAUCCGAAGAUCGGAGGGGUGAUGAUCAUGGGUGACAGGGGGACCGGGAAGUCUACAACCGUUAGAUCUUUAGUCGAUCUACUCCCUGAAAUCAAAGUAGUCUACGGGGAUCCAUUUAACUCGGAUCCAGAGGAUGCUGAAGUGCAGGGGCCGGAAGUACGUGACAAAGUCAUGAAAGGCGAACAGCUCCCUGUCAUAGCUACAAAGAUCAAUAUGGUUGAUCUGCCUUUGGGUGCCACGGAAGAUAGAGUUUGUGGCACAAUCGACAUUGAGAAAGCCCUUACCGAAGGUGUGAAGGCGUUCGAGCCUGGUCUCCUAGCAAAGGCCAACAGAGGGAUUCUUUAUGUGGACGAGGUUAAUCUUUUGGAUGAUCAUUUAGUGGACGUUCUGCUCGAUUCUGCUGCCUCGGGAUGGAACACUGUGGAGAGGGAGGGAAUCUCGAUUUCACACCCGGCCAGGUUCAUACUCAUCGGAUCAGGUAAUCCGGAAGAGGGAGAAUUGAGGCCGCAGCUUCUUGAUCGUUUUGGGAUGCACGCCCAAGUUGGAACAGUGAAGGACGCGGAGCUCAGGGUGAAGAUAGUCGAGGAGAGAGCACGAUUCGACAAGAAUCCUCAAGAGUUCAGGAAGUCCUACAUCGCGGAGCAAGAGAAACUCCAGCAGCAAAUUGACUCAGCCAGGAGUGGCCUUUCUUCCGUUACAAUAGAUCACGAUCUUCGAGUGAAAAUCUCCAAGGUAUGCGCAGAGCUCAACGUGGAUGGAUUGAGAGGCGAUAUAGUUACGAAUAGGGCAGCAAGAGCAUUGGCUGCUCUCAAGGGAAGAGAUAGAGUAACAACGGAGGAUAUUGCCACUGUCAUCCCCAACUGCUUGAGACACCGGCUUAGAAAGGACCCUCUGGAGUCGAUCGACUCGGGCUUGCUUGUGAUCGAGAAAUUCUAUGAAGUUUUUGCCUGAGGGAGGUAAAAAUUUCAUAUUUUUUUUCUAGUGCAAGGUUUUGGUAUGACGGUUUUUUAUACUUGGCUGUUCAAUUUUGGAGCUGCAAAACAAACUAUUAGCAUUUUGUGGUUGAUUUGGUGGAAUGAAGUUGAUUGGUUAGAAUUUGUCAAAA